CUGCGGGACCGACCGGGCGCGGCGGAGUGGUCCCGUCCCGUCCCGUCGGGUCGAGCCGGCCAGAACGAGGCCGAACCGAGCCGACCGGAGCGGGGCCGAGCCGAUCCGCUCGGACUGGAGCCAGCCCUGCGGCCGCGGGGGCGGCGCGGCGGGCGGUGCCGCGGGCACUAGGACCCCGGUCAGCGCCCGGCGGGGCCGCGCUCAGCGACCGCCGGGGCCGGAGCCACUUGUGGCGACGACGGGGCCAUGAGCGGGCGGUUCACAGUCACCGGCGGCGGGGGCGAUGGCAAUCCCAAGGAGAGCAGCCCCUUCAUUAACAGCACGGAUCUGGAGAAGGGCAAAGAGUACGAUGGCAAGAACAUGGCCCUCUUCGAGGAGGAGAUGGAUACAAGCCCUAUGGUCUCAUCCCUGCUGAGUGGACUGGCCAAUUACACCAACCUGCCACAGGGCAGCCGGGAGCAUGAGGAGGCUGAGAACAACGAUGGAGGCAAGAAGAAGCCGGUGCAGGCCCCACGGAUGGGCACCUUCAUGGGUGUCUACCUGCCCUGCCUCCAGAACAUCUUUGGAGUCAUCCUCUUCCUGCGUCUCACCUGGGUGGUGGGGAUCGCUGGCAUCAUGGAGUCAUUCUGCAUGGUCUUCCUCUGCUGCUCCUGCACGAUGCUGACGGCCAUUUCCAUGAGUGCGAUCGCCACCAACGGUGUGGUGCCAGCGGGUGGCUCCUACUACAUGAUCUCACGCUCCCUGGGACCUGAGUUUGGUGGGGCUGUGGGGCUCUGCUUCUACCUGGGCACCACCUUUGCCGGUGCCAUGUAUAUCCUGGGCACCAUCGAAAUCUUGCUGGCCUACAUCUUCCCGGCCAUGGCCAUCUUCAAGGCAGAGGACGCCAGCGGGGAGGCGGCCGCGAUGCUUAACAACAUGCGUGUGUACGGCACCUGUGUGCUGACCUGCAUGGCCACUGUCGUGUUUGUGGGUGUCAAAUAUGUCAACAAAUUUGCCCUGGUCUUCCUGGGCUGUGUCAUCCUCUCCAUCCUUGCCAUCUAUGCCGGUGUCAUCAAAUCGGCCUUUGACCCACCAAGCUUCCCGAUCUGCCUCCUGGGCAACAGGACCCUCUCACGCCAUGGCUUUGACCUCUGCACCAAGAUGGUGGUGGAGGGGAACGAGACGGUUGGCUCCAAGCUCUGGGAGCUUUUCUGCACCUCCCGCUUCCUCAACGCGACCUGCGAUGAGUACUUCACCAUGAACAAUGUCACUGAGAUCGAGGGCAUCCCCGGCGCUGCCAGCGGCCUCAUCCAAGAGAACCUCUGGAGCUCAUACCUGACCAAGGGCGUGAUCGUGGAGAAGCGGGGGCUUCCCUCAGUGAGCUCCCCCGACACCCCAGUGGACAUGGACCAGCCCUACGUCUUCAGCGACAUGACGUCCUACUUCACCCUGCUCGUCGGCAUCUACUUCCCCUCAGUCACAGGCAUCAUGGCUGGCUCCAACCGCUCUGGAGACCUGCGGGAUGCCCAGAAGUCCAUCCCCACGGGCACCAUCCUGGCCAUUGCCACCACCUCUGCGGUCUAUAUCAGCUCUGUUGUUCUCUUUGGAGCAUGCAUCGAGGGGGUCGUCCUGCGUGACAAGUUUGGUGAGGCUGUCAACGGGAACCUGGUGGUUGGCACCCUGGCGUGGCCGUCCCCGUGGGUCAUUGUCAUUGGCUCGUUCUUCUCCACCUGUGGGGCUGGAUUGCAGAGUCUCACUGGAGCCCCCCGCCUUCUGCAAGCCAUCUCCAGGGAUGGGAUCGUACCCUUCCUCAGGGUCUUCGGCCACGGCAAAGCCAAUGGGGAGCCGACAUGGGCCCUGCUGCUCACAGCCUGCAUCUGCGAGAUCGGGAUCCUGAUCGCCUCCCUGGACGAGGUGGCUCCCAUCCUCUCCAUGUUCUUCCUCAUGUGCUACAUGUUUGUCAACCUGGCAUGUGCAGUGCAAACGCUGCUGAGGACGCCCAACUGGCGACCCCGCUUCCGCUACUACCACUGGACCCUGUCCUUCCUGGGCAUGAGCCUCUGCCUGGCACUGAUGUUCAUCUGCUCCUGGUACUACGCACUGGUGGCCAUGCUGAUCGCUGGCCUCAUCUACAAAUACAUCGAGUACCGCGGGGCGGAGAAGGAGUGGGGUGAUGGGAUCCGGGGCUUGUCCCUGAGUGCAGCCCGCUACGCCCUGCUGCGGUUGGAGGAAGGGCCCCCACACACCAAAAACUGGAGGCCGCAGCUGCUGGUCCUGGUCCGCGGGGACCAGGAGCAGAAUGUGGUGCACCCGCAGCUCCUGUCCUUCACGUCACAGCUCAAGGCUGGGAAGGGCCUCACUAUCGUGGCCUCUGUGUUAGAAGGAACAUUCCUGGACAACCAUCCUCAGGCGCAGAGGGCAGAGGAGUCCAUCCGGCGCCUGAUGGAAGCGGAGAAGGUGAAGGGCUUUUGUCAGGUGGUGAUCUCUUCCAACCUGCGGGAUGGCAUGUCCCACCUCAUCCAGUCCAGCGGGCUGGGGGGGCUGCAGCACAACACAGUGCUGGUGGGUUGGCCCCGCAGCUGGCGCCAGAAGGAGGACCACCAGACCUGGAGGAACUUCAUUGAGCUGGUGCGAGAGACCACAGCUGGGCACCUGGCCUUGCUGGUGGCCAAGAAUGUUGCCAUGUUUCCGGGCAACCAGGAGCGGUUCUCAGAGGGCCACAUUGAUGUCUGGUGGAUUGUCCAUGAUGGGGGGAUGCUGAUGCUGCUGCCCUUCCUCCUGCGGCAGCACAAGGUGUGGCGUAAGUGCAAGAUGCGCAUCUUCACGGUGGCACAGAUGGAUGACAACAGCAUCCAGAUGAAGAAGGACCUGACCACAUUCCUGUACCACCUGCGCAUCACCGCAGAGGUGGAGGUGGUGGAGAUGCAUGAGAGUGACAUCUCUGCCUACACCUAUGAGAAGACGCUGGUGAUGGAGCAGCGUUCCCAGAUCCUCAAACAAAUGCACCUUACCAAGAAUGAGCGGGAGCGGGAGGCUAGGCUCCGCCCAGCCAAGCCCUCUUGUGCCCCAGUCCCUUGGCUGACCCCUCCCGCACAGAUUCAGAGCAUCACGGAUGAGUCCCGUGGCUCCAUCCGGCGCAAAAACCCGGCGAACACACGCCUGCGCCUGAACGUCCCCGAGGAGCAGGCUGCCGACGGCGAGGAGAAGCCAGAGGAGGAGGUCCAACUAAUCCACGACAAGAAUGCCACCACCUUCUCCAGCAGCUCUCAGUCCCCUGGUGAUGAGGUAGAGGCAGCCCCUGAGAAGGUGCAUCUUACCUGGACCAAGGAGAAGUCUGUUGCUGAGAAGAACAAGAGCAAGAGCCCUGUCAGCCCCGAGGGCAUCAAGGACUUCUUCAGCAUGAAGCCGGAGUGGGAGAACCUGAACCAGUCCAACGUGCGGAGGAUGCACACGGCUGUGAAGCUCAAUGAGGUGAUCGUGAAGAAGUCCCAGGAUGCCAAGCUGGUCCUGCUGAACAUGCCAGGGCCUCCCCGUAACCGGAAAGGGGAUGAGAACUACAUGGAGUUCCUGGAGGUGCUGACGGAGCAUCUGGACAGAGUGCUCCUGGUGCGUGGUGGAGGCCGGGAGGUCAUCACCAUCUACUCCUGAAAGACGGCGAGAGAGAGGUUUGUCUGCACACCGAGAGCCCCGCCACCCCUUUGCACCGCGCUCCCGGAGGGGAGGAGGGAAGGCCGGAUGGCAGCCGGUGCGCAGAACCUUCUCCUGGCUUUGGCCGUGCCCCUGAUCUCUCCAUUCGAACUGCAGCACCAGAUCUUCCGGGAGCAUCCAGCACCAGAGCAGCUGUUUCUCAUUGCAACACCACAGCACUGCUGUCCUUGUUUAUAUAUAAAUAUAUACAGUGAACCGCGGACUGAGCAUCAGAGCUCGGCGCUGCCGCCACCGCCAGCCCCAGCACUGCCGCUGCAGCCCCUGGCCGGGCAGGAGGGCGGCUGUGCCGAGACGGACCUUGGCCCCACCGUGCUGCUACUCCUGCACAGACUCGGCUGGACGCGCCCGUGCCCUGUGCCUCGAGAGAGAGGCCCCCACACCGCGCUCCCCUCGCUCCUCUGCCCGCCUCCGGCAGCGCCCGGGGCCGCUCCCCGCGGCGCUGCACCCCCGCUGCCCCUCGCCGCCAUGGCCCGGACAGCCCCAGCUCGCCGCCGCCUCGGCACCGUCGUCUCUGGAGUCCGCGGGCUGAGCUUGUGGAGAUGCAGCACGAUGGUUUGGAGGAGGCAGAGGGUGGGGGGCGGCUGCGUGGGGUCAGGUACUGGAGCACAGCGAGGCCGUGAGAGCA